AAAAAUCAUAAAUAAAAAAAAAUUCUUCAAAAUAAUGCAUCAACAUGUUGAUAGGCAUACAACCAAAAGAAUAUUGUUGUAUAUGAAUGGAUAUGUGUUUGGUGCCUUUCAUUGCAAUGACUGCAUUUAUUAGAUUCAAAACAUAGCGCUCACGCGGCCCAUAACCAACUUCAUGCUAAACAAAGUAUAUGGGUAACCAACUUCGUUGUUUCUGUCAUGUUUCAAUUUCUGACGUUUACAUUAAGAACAAUUAUUUAUAUUUUGCUUUUGCCAUUAGAGCCUAAUUAGUCAUUCAGAACGCACUUACGAAAAAAAAAACAAUCUAUUACGAAGGGAAAAAUGCUCAAUUAAAAUCGAUAAAAAUCAAACGAACAAGUGAUUUGUAUAGAAAACCAAUUUUUGUUGUUAUUAUUGUUGUUAUUGUGUUAGGCUAUCGUGUGCUGGUGUUUUGUUAAGUUGGUUGUUGAAAAUUCCGAGUGCAAUUGCAUUGCACUUUUGUUCUUUAUAUGAUACGCCGUACUUAAACAAAACACGGAUUCCGAAAAAAAACGAAAUUAUGACAAACAAAGAUGAACCAUCGAAAACUCCGUCUGUGAAUGAGGGUUUGUUUGUCACUGUUGGUAGUGCACGUACAACGGCAAGCACAAAUGGAAGCACCAAUUGGUUUCGAUCGAUACCACGGCGUAUCCGUAAGUUCAUAUCGAAACAGAGCCGUCAUAAGCAUUUGGAGCAAACAUCGAAUGAUUUCAACAAAUCCAAUGCAACCAAUGCCAUCGAUGCCAACGAUACCACCGAUGGUCUAGACGAAACCAAUCUCUAUUCGAUUGUCGAUCAACUGGGUAACGGGAAUGAUGAAGAAGUUGCAAUGAUACGGGCUACGGCUCAAAUGGCUAGAUAUGGAUGGUUUUGGGGACCAAUAUCACGGCACACAGCUCAACAAAGACUGCAUGGAACGCCAAAUGGAUCAUUUUUGGUUCGAAAUUCACAAAUAAAUUUACACAAUUUUACGAUAAGUUUUCGUACUGCUGGCAAAACAUUGCAUUAUCGCAUCGAAUUUGUCGAUGGCUAUUGGCAAACAUUCAGCUCAAAGCACCGGUCCAUCGUAGAUUUAAUCGAUGAUGCGAUGAAAAAAUCCAAAGAGAAUGUAUUCUGUUAUGUGAAACAAAGUUCACAAUUAAUACCUCCAUUUCCCGUUCGUCUAACCAACCCGAUUUCGCAUUUUGGUGACAUUUCAUCGUUGCAGAACAUGUGCCGAUUAGUGAUUCAAAAAAGUGUUGUUAAAAUUGAUCGAAUGGACUUAUUGCCGCUACCAAAUAAACUCAUUUCCUAUUGCAAAGAAUGGGAAACCAUUUACGGCGAAAUGCCAAUUCGAAUAGGCUGAAAACAAACGAACAUUUAUCAAAUACAUGUAUUCGUAUUUCGCUGCAGCGAAACUACGGGGAAACACAAAGAAAAUUAUUCAUUUAAACAAUGAUUCAUAUCGUCUGCGUCUCAUUUCAUCUCAUUCGAAUAGUUUCGUAUUACCUUCCUUCUGGCGGCUCGCUUCAUUUUCUAUCUCCUCAUUUUACACAACAACAACAAAAAUCAAGCUAAAACGAAAUCAGUCGAGAUUAAGUCUUUUUUUAGCCAUUAGAAAAUAUUUGUAUACACACCUUUUUUUUUGAAUCUAUUUAUAUGUCAGAAAGUUAGUCCGAGUGCAUCGAACCGAAGAGAGAAAAAAAAACGAAGUGGAAUAGUUGAAAAUUGCUUUCGUAAAAUGUACGAAUUCAAAUCCAUAAACUCAUUUUUUCAAUAAAAUAGGUUAAGAUCAAGUUUGAUUUUGUCUAUUGUCUAUUGUCUUUGUUAUCGCACUAAUACGACUACGACGUUUUUUUUUCUUUCAAAUUAAUAUUUAAAUAAAUGCUAAAAUUGUAAUUCCAAA